CGAGCCUCUGACUUCGGCGUCACGUCUUCUCUCCUAAAAGCCAACCUGAUAUUGAGAAUUGGCUCUCCACAGACCCAACUGCAGCACGAGAGAUCUCCGGGAUUACUAUUCUCUGGCUGGGCGAUAUCACUUGACCAUCCCGAUUGGCCAUCUGCAGUGGGUCAUGUCCGACUCCUCGAAGCGGGCCAGGAACCCGCUUGGUAGAACUGCCUCGGGACGGGACUCCGUCCAGAAGGCAGCCGGUGUAAUUGCUUGCCAAACCUGUCGCCUGAAGAAGGUCAAAUGCUCAGGGACGGUUCCCUGUCAAUAUUGUUCUAAGCGAGGCUUAUCCUGUGUUCUCCCUCCCCAUGGUGUAAGACGGGUUUACUCUGUGACGAGAAUUGAGGAACUCCGAAGUCGUUUAGCCAGAUACGAGGACCAUGGCGAAGCCAGCAAUCCCAAUGAGAAUGAAGAGGCAAAUCCAAGUCUACCGCAAACAUCUCCAGCCUUGACGGCUCCUUCGUCGCCACACGAUUCCGCGACAAACUCCCAUCCCAGGGCUCCAGACAUUGUUGUGCCGCCAUUCACCCACCCCGGCAGCAAUGGACCUCAAACUCCAAAUCGAACGGGAGUUGCCCAAACUGGAGGCGACGAUACCAGAAAUAGCGUUUAUGGAAAUUCGAAUCACUCUAGCACACGUUCCAUCUCGGCAGGGGCAGAGGGUUUUGGUGCUCACACCCCGCAAGGGAUCCCCGCAGAGUCUUCUUUGAGCUCCAGUAAUGCGUUUGGGAGCAAGGUCCAAGAUUUGUUAAUCAGAUCUAGCACAACUCGGUCUGGCGGAACCCAGAUCACCACUUCUAGCCCUGGAAACAACACUGUCGGCACAUCAUCUCUCAGAGUAACCGUGCCGACCGGAAGGUUUCCAGAACUACCACUCGAAGAAGAAGCAUAUCAACUUUUAGAGGUCGUCAGCUUUUACAUCGGUCAAUCACAAACCCACUUUGACCAACGGGAGCUGUCAGAUCGGGUUGGUCUUCUCUAUGCUAACAUGAAUGACCCAAUUCAAGCGCACGACCUCUGGUAUAUGGAAAUGAUCCUCAUUUUAGCAAUUGGGAAGCUAUUCACUGCCAAUUGUGAGAAUGAUGGGAGCAAAUUUCCCGGAUCCCGACUCUUUGAGUUUGCACAUCAGAAUUUCCCUCCCAUCAGUGUGCAUUAUGCCCACGGUAGGCUGGGGGUUGAGGUUCAUGCCUUGAUGGCAAUGUAUCUCCAGAUGGUGGAUCGUAAAGAAGAGGCCUACCUAUACAUUAGCGCUGCUCUACGAUUGGCAGUUCUCCAUGGCUAUCAUCAGAAGGCUACAGGGAUGAAGAUGCUGCGGUCCGAAAGGGUACAACUAAACAGACUAUGGUGGACUAUCUACAUGCAAGAAAGACGUCUAGCUGCAGCAACUGGAAAGCCAUCGGGCAUUAAUGACGAUAUGAUUGAUCUGCCUCUGCCGUCGGACUCAGGUGGUUUCCCCCCAAGUGCUUCUCUCAGGGCCAAUGUGAAAAUAGCCCGAGUCACAGGUCAAGUGAUUGCAGUUUUAUACGGACCCCCGCAUCGAACCGAGGAUGAUUUCGUGCAUAAUGUUCAACAAAUAAUAAGGAAUUUAUUUGAAAUAUCCACAGAGAUCCCAUCUGAGCAACUUUUUAGUUGCAUUGGAAACAACUCAGACCUGGCACUUAGGACUACGGCCUCACUACACCUCAUGAUAUACCAGGCGACGCUCUUGACGAUUAGACCUCUUAUGCUCCACGUAGCUCAACUCAUACUGAGUGGUACUCAACCCAACCGCGAGGAACUUCACGCCGGUACUCUUGGGAAGCUAUUCAGAACUUGCUCAGAAGCAGCGAGGCGAUUAUUAAAAGCAAUAAUUGCGCUUAAGAACAGAAAUCUUGUUGCCAUCUUUGGAUUCUUCGAUUGCGAUGCGACCUUUUCCGCAGCCUUUAUCAUGCUACUCACGAUGAUAUUCGACUCGGCCUGUGAACCCGACCAAAGAAUUAACCCGACACCAGGAUUGCGGGAAGCGAUGGAAAUUUUGCAGCAUCUGGCUGGUCGAGGCAACACAUUUGCCAUGCAGCGAUUUCAAGAAGUGCAGAGUGUUUGGGAUCACGUCUCAACCAUUCUCGAAGUACCACAAGCAUCAAUCAACCACCCACUUGCUCAAGACAGCUCGGUACCCAACAACCGUGGACAAUUUUACGAUAAAGAGACCGCCGUAAUAAACCUAGCAGGGAGCCAUGAGCACUUAAAUCCGAGCACUACCGGCGACCAGCUACGAGAGGAUCACGAGGUGGGCACAGCCCACGUUGAAGCUGGCGUCUCUGUGGUGGAGCAUCAGUCUGUUCCCUGGGACACGGAUAUGUGGAACAGUAUUUCCGACAUUUGGCUUCCUCCUGUCGAUGCUAAUGCGGCUGAAAGCGCACAUGUGGGAAAUCUACUUGUGGACCCGCCUAUUGAGGACUACUACAACCAUUACCAGUCACUGCUCAAUGAUCCGGAUUGGGCAUUAACAGGCCAAGAUGUGGGAGACUUUGCUGAGCUUCGAAAACAUGUGCUGCGUCUGAACUCUUAGAAAAUAGUACUUAGUGUAGCUUGCCAUGAAGAAACUAGUAGAAAAGAUAAGGACCCUAGUCUGAAAAGAGUUACUGGAAGGCCUUUUGAGGACAG